AUGGUGAACCUUCCGAAGCCCACGGUCUUUUUGGACUCGAUCGGACUCGCCGGCUUGUCAAGACCGACAUCCUCUCGACCUGCUCUUGCUCCUGCAGCAGAGCGUUGCUUGUAUCAGUUUGGCCUCGCUGCCCUACCAUCACAUGGAUCCCAUGACAACAAUCAUGACAUAAACAGCAUUGCAGAGCAGCUCCUUACACUCUCUUGUCAGCUUUGCAUUCCAGCCGUCUUCGGUCGUGGAGACGGUCAAGCGUGGACCCUGUCCGAAAGUGACUACCCGGCCCUGCUCCGAUGGAAGCAGCAGCAGGUUCCUACGUUGCUACAUAAACUGUUCAAACUCCUGGAACAGCUCUCCUCCGUCGAUUCAUCGCAAAUUGGCACGCAGCUGGAUCUUGUCCUUGGCCAUGUAGUCUGCACGCUCGCCCGCUUUCUCCCUCCGUCGCACGUCAGUCCGUUCCCGGACCCGGACACUACGAGCUUCAUAGAAGGAAACCAGGAAAUUGACGACGGCUGGAUUGGAAGAGAAAGCAAGAUCGAGGCACACCGCAUCCUCGGUCGUCUGGGGAACGAGGUUCUUCCGACCGCAUCGCUGACGACCUCGGCGGUGGCCGGAUCGCUCCUGGCACACUACAUCAAGCCGAUCGUCAAAGAGACUAGCAAGUCAUCGAGCGCUUCCCUCAGCUCUGUGGAUCCGGAAACAGGCAGGAAGAAGGCACCGGCUACGGGAGCGUUGCUCGUCUCGUAUCUCGAUCGCAACCUCGGGCAGCAUCGCUUCUCGAGUGCGGCGGAUGACAACGAAGCCUCGAAUCUCGCACCGCACCAGUUCGCGCUCUCCCUUGACUCGGCUGACGUUGCAGAUGAUGCGCAGCCUGCAUUACACGAGCGGAACGAGGCACUGGGAUGCGUCAAUGUGCUCGCAUGGUGUCUGGAUCAUCUCGAGCUCGAGACCGAAUCGGACUGGAACGCGGCAUGGCCGCUGCUGGUGCCGCCGCUGCUGACGCUCUUGGAGCAUGCGCAGCCCCGGUUCCGUCUGCGGGGGAGCAUGCUCGUGCACCAGCUGCUUGACCGACCGAGUACUGUCGCAGAUGCAUCUGGUCCCGACACAGAUGCGGACGCGGGGCGAGACUCGAUGCGCAAAAGCAGACGCGAGGCGAUCCUGGGCGGGCUGUUGCUGCGGACGGGAAUUGGAAGCCUGCUGGAGCGCGCGCUGCAAGUGAACCUGACGUACGUGCACGACGCCACGUAUGCGCCAGCUCUGGUCGGCUUCUCGAUCAGCGCGCUCCGCAGACUGAUCUUGCUCACCACUCAUCCGAUUGUAUGGCGCGAUGCGACGCAGUCACCCUUCGACACGCCAGCCGCGGAAAGUGCGGGGCCAGAUGCUGGGCCGGACGAAAAGGCGGGUGGGGUGGAUGACUGUGGAAAGCGCAGGAUGGAGGCGCUUUGCCGGCUUGUUUCGCAGGGAAUCUUGUCCACAUGGUCGUAUCUGCCGCUACCGCCUUCGGGCACACGGCUGGGGCGCGAGCUCGUCGCAACCACGUGCACAGCCUACCUAAUGCUGAUCGAGGAUUUGUCCCCACCCCCUACCGCACAGGCAGCGAAUCUUGGUGCAGCCGCGAGAUUCGUCGACGUGAGCAUCGAUUGGAUCUUCCGCACCUGGCUCUCCACCGUUGCUUUCGACAAUACGGAACACAUCAAUACCACCGUCAAGGUCGUGCGUCUGGCCACACAGUUGCUUCUCCCCGGGUCGACCGGUGCGGAUGAAAGCAAAGACGAUGCAGACGGACAGCUGGCACUGCGCAAAACAGUUGCGUCAAAGAUAGGCCGCAAUAUGUCGCUGAUCCUGUCAGCUGUGGCCAAGUGCUGGAUUAGCGCACUCGAGUCGCCCCUGCGCUCCUCAUCGAACAGGGCCGAUUGGCCCAGACUAGAAAGGUGUCUGGUCGACCUGAUGCAGUGCGUCUCGCUCGCUGAUUCGACAGUGCCAACGCGCUGCGCCAGACUGGUGGCCCUCGAUGCGCGCCUUGCGGAUCUUUUACCAACGCCAGAUGCGGCCUCGGGCGUGAACUCUCGUUGA